GGAGGAGUUAUGUGUAGAAGAUUACGCAAGUGAGGAAAGUUCUCUGAUCGCUAUUCACUUGACAGUGGCCAGAAACGAUUCUUUUACAUAUGGCUUAAGCAGCUCACGAUUUCCGGUCUUUGACCAAGUAUCCUCUGGGUAGCCUAAGAACAUCCGCUUGAAGGCGAGCUAAAGUGAGAAGGCGAAACAUCCCUCCUACGAGUUGUGCGCUGGGUUUGGGACUUGGCUUCGCUUGGAACAUCCAAUUGGCGCCACAUUGCAAAUAGAAAAAACGACUAAUACAUUUUUUAAUUAAAAAUACUAAUCAAAACGAGUGACAAUUUAAUUCUUGUGGGUUAUCGAAACAACAUUUUAAAAUUGAAUCGUGGUUAGACUUAUGAGGACAACACAUGUACUGUAACCGAAUAUAUGUACAUAUGUCAAAAAAUGUAAAACUUUUGGAGGCAUGCGCAGUAGAUUGCUAGCUAAUAGAAUAGGCUACAUGAAAGCAAUCAAUACUAGUGGUAUAGUGCAUGUAAACACAAUAAUGUUUGUAUUUCGUUCUUAAGCAAUAGAAAUGUUUUCAAAUAGUGCCAUAGAGUAUACAAAUUUAUUUAUAAACAAUAAACAAUAUACAGAUCUUUUGAGAUGGACUCAAGUCAUCAGUUCAGCGUCCCACUUCGAGCAGGAGGCAAAAAAAUUAGAAAGCGGCGGGAACUUGACGCUCUCAUUGCUCAUUCCUUCGGAAAGAAAAAGUCUAUUCGACGAACUACUUUAAAUAUUAAUUCACAGGAAAAAUUACUAUCUGCGUCCACUGAUGAUGCGGAAGAUUAUGCUUGGGUACAAAUGAACAGACCAAAAAAUACUCAUAGCAUCUGCACAAACCGUUGUCACAAUCGUAAAUAUAUGAUUUGCAAAACUUUGCUAGUGCUCAUUGCAAUUGCACUAAUAAUAGGACUAUUUUACUGGAUGUACUUGGAUCUACGGCAAGAGAUGUUUGUUUAUAGGAAAAAAAUUGAAGAAGUUGUCGUCAUGAAUAAGGACUUACCAGAUAUUCUUCAAAAAUGGCAUGAAGUAUCCACUUUACUGAGAAAAAAUCAAACUACAACCAAUAUUCGGUUGAAUGAAGUAGAACUUACAACAGAAAAAUUACGAAUGAAUUUUACCAAAUAUAAAAGUAAUCUAGAAAGUCAACAAAAUUUUGCCAAAGAAGAGAAAAUAGUAGCUGCGUUUGGAGCGAAAAUCGAAGCAGCAAUAACUGACAUGGAAAGUUUUAAGGAUUAUUAUUCUGGAGUAAUUAAUAAGCAAAUAGAAAUGAAAACGACCUUAAAUGACCUUAGGGCAAAAUUAAUAGAUGCUCACGCAAGAACUGUGAAUAUGAGCGAAUUAUCAACAAACUUUUCUAAAGAAAUUUCUGCUAUUAAACUGUACCUGCGGGAUGAUUCCACCCGAAUUCAAGAUUUAUGGCUUGAAUUAAGUCAAAAUCUAUCCCUUAAAUGGAUUGCUCUUCAUGCAAACAUUCAACGCAAUGAGAUUGCUGAACUUAUGAGACAUACGGAAAAUAUAACAUUGCGCAUCGCUUUGAUGGAAAACAAUUGGGAAAAGAACAAUAUUAAAAUUAAAGACUGUCAAGGCCUUAUUCACAACAUCGAAAGUAAUGUUACAGAUUUAAAAACCGUCUCUGAGAUUUUGAAACAAUCCAUUAGCACCAUUUGCAACCAUUUUAUUCAAAAUAAUAAGUUACACGAUGAUGGUGAGGAAUAUAAACAAAAUACAACAGUGAUAAGAAUAAAAAACUAAUGUCCUAGUGUAAUACACUUCCAAUCAUAAAUAUUUACAUCAAUAAAACGAUUAUUAAGUUACCGUCCCAAAGGAUGUUUGAAUAAUCUUACAUUGGAAUUCAGAACUUUGAUACAGUGAAUUUGUCUCAUUUCUAAUUCAAAAUAGUAUCAAAUUUGUCAGUUGUCGAAUAAAUAACUGAAACAGUUUUGUGAAAAUGGAGAAAAAUA